GAUUACAUUCAAGCGUCUCCUCUACAUUGAUUUAUCCAAAAUGUCUGCGCCCAUAAUUUGUCAGGUGUUUCCCAAGAUUGCAUUAUUUUGAGUGUACUUUCAAUUUAGAAAAAGUUUUUUUUUAGUAAACUAAGAUUCUUGUAUUGAUAGAUAAUGAUGGAGAAAAUAGAUUUCCACCACAAAGUGAUUUUGGCUCCUAUGGUUAGAGUAUCUACAUUACCAUUCAGACUUUUGUCACUAAGAUAUGGAGCAGAUUUAGUUUACUGUGAGGAAAUAAUUGAUUUCAAAAUACUUAGCUCAGCUAGAGUAGAAAAUGAUAUACUUGGGACUGUUGACUAUGUUAUGUCUGAUGGCUUCGUGGUAUUUAGAACCUGUGCACAGGAAAAAGGAAAAGUCUUCUUUCAAUUGGGUACCAGUGAUCCAGAACGAGCUGUAGCGGCUGCAUUGAAAGUACAGGAUGAUGUUGCUGGCAUUGAUGUUAAUAUGGGAUGUCCUAAAGAGUUUUCUAUUAAGGGCGGAAUGGGUGCAGCAUUACUGAAGAAGCCAGAGAAAGUUAAACAGAUUUUAUCAAGUCUUGUGAAAGCAGUUUCCGUUCCAGUCACAUGUAAAAUUAGAUGUCUUCCUACCUUAGACGAGACAAUUGAGUUAGCCAAGAUAAUAGAGAAGACGGGUGUGUCAGCCUUGACAGUUCAUGGACGAACUAAGGAAGAACGACCCAGACAUACUAAUAGGAACCAUUUUAUUAAAAAGAUAUCAGAAAGUUUGUCUAUCCCUGUUAUUGCAAAUGGCGGCUCAAAAGAGAUGAAAGAUAAUUGUGACAUACAGAAGUUUGCAAUGCAUACUGGAUGUACCUCAGUGAUGGUUGCUCAGGCAGCAGAAAGGAACCCAUCUAUUUUUAGCAAGGAGGGAAUGAUACCAUUAUUAGAUAUUGUUAGAGAAUACAUUAAAAUGGCAAUAGAUUGGGAUAACAAUGCAAUAAACAGUAAAUAUUGUAUAUUGGCAAUGAUGUAUAAAGAUAUGGACCUAAAAGAGGGGGAUCAAAGUCUGACUGCAGUUACUAUGGAGGAGUUCAGUGAGAUAUGGGGUCUUCAGGAAUAUUAUAAACAACACAAACAGUCAAUGAACAAGUUAUUAGCCUUGAAGUAUGAUAAAGAAACGGAGAUUCAUGUUGUAACAACAGAUGAUGGACACACAACUAUAGAAAUGCCGUUCAAAUUUAACAAAAAAGAAUUUCCUCCAAAGAUUUCUCCAAAACAAAGGUUGUAUGAAGCAACAAAGAGAGCAGGGAUUAAUAGACUAGAAUAUGAUGUGACAGAGAGGACAGAAGACAGAUGUUAUAACUGUAUUUUGAAUGUUGGUGGAAAUCUUUAUACGACUCCAUAUUGGGAAAAGUCCAAGCAGUUAGCAGAACAAGGAACAGCAAUGGUUGCUACUACAGUGUUAGAUAUUGAAGAUGAACGACAGUUUGUUGAAGGUGGGCAGAAUGAAGCUUUAGUAGAAAAAUGGAAGAAACGGAAAAAUGAGAGUGAUGUGAAAGACAUUUAUCUUAGUUUUAAACAUUUAUUUGACAAGGCAAAUGAAGAAAAAGAAAAACUUGCUAAGAAAAGACUUAACGAUGAAACAAAUGACAGCUGUAUAGAAGUCAAACAUUUUGUAUCCGAUAAUCAUGAUGAUGUGGUUACUUAAUAAUUUAUUUUUAGGCCUUUUUAAUGUAGAAUGGGGGCAUUAGGCAAGAAUAUGACAUUAUUUUCAGGGAUUAAUGAAUGCAAGACAUUUCUGUGUGUUCAAAUUAUUUUUUUAGAAAAUUUACUUUUAUUUCAUUUUAAAGAGUGGCAAAUUGUUUUAAAAUUUUUUUUGAAGUCAUAAAUAUAACUUUAUUUGUUUAUUUCAUAAAAUCAUGAGCAUUGUUUUACAAGAUUGGAAGUCUUCUCUGUAGUUAUUUGUGUGAGCCAAUUAUUAAUCCAAUUUUACUAGUAAGAUCUGUGAUAUGUAUUUUAUGAGAAAUAAAGAUAUUUUGAAAGUUGAA